AGGUCGUCCGAAUAAUAUAUGUUUCCCUUCUCCCCAUCACUAAGCUAAGAAAAUUUGUAAACAACGACGUGGACGUAGUAAAUUUAAUUAGAAUUUAGCCAGUAAAAUGCAUAAAUGUGCGUUCUUCCUUCUACUGGCAUUAAGUUGCCAGCAAAUCCAAGCCGAACUGACGGCCGCAGACUGCCGGGCGUUGGGUUUCAUAAAGGCCCAGCUAAUGUGCUCCAGUUGCGACAAACUGGAUGAUUUUGGACUGGAUACCAUCAAACCUCAGUGCAAGCAAUGCUGCACUUUGGAUCAACAGCCGGCGGCACAGCGUACCUAUGCCAAGGCCAUUCUGGAGGUGUGCACCUGUAAGUUCCGGGCCUAUCCGCAGAUUCAGGCCUUCAUCCAAAGUGGACGGCCCGCCAAGUUCCCCAACCUCCAGAUCAAAUACGUAAGGGGGCUGGAUCCCGUGGUCAAGCUCCUAGACGCCAGUGGUAAGGUUCAGGAGACGCUGUCCAUAACCAAGUGGAACACAGACACUGUUGAGGAGUUCUUCGAAACGCAUCUGGCCAAAGAUGGUGUCGGCAAGAGUUCGUACAGCGUGGUGGAGGAUGCCGACGAUGAUGAUGAAGAUUACCUGCGUACCAACAGGAUCUAAAAUAAGCAUUCCCAAACAUUUAGAUUAAUAAAAUCAAUAGAAAUUUCAUAGUUCGUACCAUUACCUCUCAAAA